GGAGUCACCAAGUGACGUCAAGACGCCGCAGCGGCUCAUAAACCAGGAAGCGUUUGUUUAGAUAUCUUUCACACAGUAAACCACGUUAUGCUGACAUUCGCUGUAACAUUCGUUCGACAUGGUGAGACACAGUACAAUAAGGACAAGCUGUUGCAAGGACAGGGGAUCGACACACCGCUCUCAGAGGUGGGCCUUCAACAAGCGGAGGAGGCGGGACAGUACCUCAGAGAGCUGCGCUUCACUAAGGCUUUCUCCAGCAACCUGCAGCGAGCCCAGCAGACAGCUGAAAUCAUUUUGAGGAAUAACAUUCAUUCCCCUGGCAUAGGGCUGAUCUCCGAUGCCUUACUUCGCGAAAGGGGUUUCGGUAUCGCAGAGGGACAACCAAAGGAUGCCCUGAAGAACAUGGCCAAUGCAGCUGGCCAGUCCUGCCGAGAUUUCACACCUCCAGGUGGAGAGACCUUAGAUCAGUGUGUAUAUAACUCUACCCAGGUCCGAACAAGGUUCAGGAAGUUCCUCGCGGGUCUGUUCCAGAGCAUGAUGUCCGAUCAUGGCUACCCAGACCAAAGCACCUUGGCUGACGAGCCAGAUGCGGGAGAGUCCUCAGCCGCGGUCGGCUGCGACGGUCCAUUCAUCAGCCUUCCGGACGACGGUCUCGCUGGCGUGCCCCUUCACGUGUUGGUGGUCAGCCAUGGCGCCUACAUCCGCGUGGCAGUGCGCCACCUUGUGGAGGAGCUGGAGAGUGCGCUGCCCUCUGGCCUCAAGGCCUCGCAGGUCUUCUCGGCCUGUCCCAACACGGGCAUGUGCCGCUUCGUGGUGACGCUGCGGAGCGGUGAGACCGGCUCGGCACUCUCAGUCCUCCGCUGCAUCUUCAUCAACCGCAAAGACCACCUGAGUGCCAGCAAAGAGACCGGAGAGUAGCACAGGUAUGCAUGGAGGAGAAGGGACAGUGGGUGGGCAGGAUGAGCUGGGUGAUGGAUGGAUGGGUGGGUGGGUGGUGGGAGGGCAGAGUGCUGUUCCAAAAUGGCCGAAAUUCAGAGAUUUUAGUUUCUGCUCACUCCUCUUGUUUAUGGCUCAUAGUAUAUGGGACAAUGGGGCCAGAACUCUACCCAGGGGGAUAAACAUUUCUGACAUGAAAUGCUAUGUUAUGUGUUUACUUUUACAGGGUAUAUCUGUAUAGUAAUGAUGAUUAUUACUCCUAUUAUUGUAAUUAUGGUUGUUGUUGAUUUUAUUCUGUCACUCCCAAAGUAUUUACACUUGAAACUUGAAACACUGUACUGUACACACCGACAGUCAUGCUGACAAAAACGUAUCUAUUCCAAAACUGAAGCAGGCAAAUACACUGACCAUGUCCUUUAGCCUACUUCAUGACGUAACCAUCACAGGUCUUUUCAGAGGAAGGGGUUGUGUGUGUCAGUGAUGUAGUACAGUGCAAUCUUCAGAGACCUCUAAAGGGGUAAGAAGCACAGCACAAUUUCUCUGUGACACUGACCUUUGGUAUGUCAGUCAUAAUCGUUUGUCUAUUACCAAAUAAAUAAGAUGUACCUGUCAACAAGUA